AUGACAUCAAGUCAUAAAUUAGCUUUAGGACUUCCUACGAAAUUAGCUUUAUAUCGAUCUGACACAGUUUACCCAGCAAUAAUAGCUACUACACUAUCCCAAUAUGAAUAUGUUCUUAUAUGUGAUAAAUCCAACAUCCGAGUGUCUGGAUCACCACACCAGGUUGUGUACAAUGACAGGAGGAUCUCUAGUUGCAAGAAUGACAUGACAAGUUCAGCAUUUGUAAACAACCAGAUUAAAGUCAUAAAGUCUAUUGAAAUUUUAGGGCAAGUCUACAAGGGAUGUAAUGACAAUGGACGUGAUUUCUAUAUUCAGGCUUUGUUUAAAGAAAAUCGCAUGAAUGCUUAUUAUGGUUAUGUUGUUCAUCGUAUCCUUCUGCCAGUUGCAAUUGUUGACUACAAGACAACAAGAAAUGUCAAUAAGAAGAUGGCAAUUCCUUUGCCGCAAAAAAUAUAUGCUUAA